GCGUAUUGGAGUCAGCCAUUGUCAACAAGUUGUUUCUGGCUCUGCUGCACGAAUAUGAAUCUACAACCGACUUUCUGAUUCUGAUUACUUCAUACCAUCAUGAACAGCGUUCACCUCUAUCACCAUUAACAAACAACUCACCGCCUUCGCCUCCUCAUCUUCUACGUACGCAUUUCUUUCAAUCUCAUGAAACAUACGUCGAUUUUAGGGUUUCGAAAUUUCUUUAUUCCCAAAAGGAUUGCAGUAAUACCCAAGAGCUCGAGAACAGGGGCUUUUCUUUGUGGGAAUCCUAGAGGAAUGGGGUGUCAAGGGCUCUCUUCAACUUCAAACUUGAGCGUACCUUCAAUCGCCCAGCCAGAGGAAACUACAGCGAAAGGUAAAACCGCUGAAAUUUUAAGUGCCAACACCAAUCCGGAUACCUUUGAGAGAAUGACAGUUCAAGAGCUUAAAACAAAAUUGAGGAGCAUGGGGGUCCCAACAAAAGGUUCUAAACGUGAUCUCAUAUGUGCCUUGAAGAAAUUCUUUGCUGAAGUUGACGAUUCUCAAGAGGUUGUUGAAGAUGAAAAGUCCACCCAAGUGAAUCAAGUUCAAGAUGAAAAAAGUUCCAAAAGGAAGGCAAAGAGCUUGUCUGUUGAAGAUCGUGCUGAGGAUAUGAUCACAUUUUCUGUAGAUAAAGGGAUCAAGAGACGAACAAAACAAACCCCAGCGGAUAUAAACAUUACUGUGAAGACUUCUGGGCAUACACAGGCAAAGGUUGCUAGUACAACUUCCAAAGUUAAAAGUAAAAAUCCUACCUGCAUAGCAUCAGAAAUCGUGUCUGAAGAUAUUGAAACUUGUAAUAAGGUGGAUAUUUCUGAACAUCAAGCUGAACCAUGGACUAUUCUUGCUCACAAGAAGCCCCAAAAAGAAUGGAUACCUUACAAUCCUCGAACUAUGAGGCCUCCUGCUCUUGGUAGUGAUGUAAAACAUGUGAAGCUAAUGUCUUGGAAUGUCAACGGUUUGCGGGCUUUACUAAAGUUAGAGACCUUUUCCGCACUGCAACUUGCACAAAGAGAAGAUUUUGAUGUACUUUGCUUGCAAGAAACGAAAUUGCAGGAAAAAGAUGUAGAGGCAAUCAAACAAGUUCUUCUAGAAGGAUAUGACAAUAGCUUCUGGACUUGUAGCGUCUCUAAGCUUGGGUACUCUGGUACUGCAAUUAUCUCUAGGAUACCACCACUUUCUGUCAGAUAUGGACUUGGCAUAUCAGACCAUGAUAGUGAAGGGAGGCUCGUGACAACAGAAUUUGAUUCAUUUUAUCUAAUAAGUGGAUAUGUUCCUAAUUCUGGUGAUGGUUUGAGAAGGCUGUCAUACAGGAUAACGGAGUGGGAUCCUAGUCUUAGCAAUUAUGUGAAGGAGCUGGAAAAGUCAAAACCUGUCAUCUUAACAGGUGAUCUGAAUUGUGCUCAUGAAGAAAUAGACAUCUUCAAUCCUGCGGGAAAUAAGCGAAGUGCUGGUUUUACAAUCGAGGAAAGAAAGUCAUUCGAGGAAAAUUUCCUGAACAAGGGUUUUGUUGAUACCUUCAGGAAACAUCACCCUAAUGUUGUUGGCUAUACUUACUGGGGUUUCAGACAUGGUGGCCGGAAAACUAAUAAAGGAUGGAGGCUUGAUUACUUCCUCGUAUCGGAUUCGAUUGCAGAUAAUGUCCACGACUCCUUCAUUCUCCCUGACGUUAAAGGGAGUGAUCACUGUCCAAUCGGUCUUGUUCUGAAGUUGUAAUCAAUAUGGGAAAAUAGGAUUUCUAACCCACAUCACUAGAUGAUAUACCACCACUUUUGCACUUGGUGUUAUCUCGUCAUUUUUUUUGGUAACGGUGGGUGUCUAAACCAGCUUGCAAGCACCGUGAUUGAUUAAUCCUACAGCAGGAUGUUGUUGAUUAUUAGGAUCUAUUUUGGUUAUCUACCAACUCAACAAGAAAUGUGCACUUGAUUUCUUCAAUGAUUAAAUAUGUUUAAGAGCAAGUUGCAC